AUGUCUUCAAAUAACACACUAUCAAUUGGAUUACCUUUACAUACACUUAACCCAAUCGAUGGACAAGAUGGACUUAGUUUGACUAGACAAGAAAUUAAUCGACUUAUCCUGGAAUAUCUUGUAGUUGAAGGGUAUAAAGAUGUUGCUGAGAAAUUUAGUCGUGAGACAGGAAUUGUUGAACCAUUAGAUGAAUUACAAGUUGCAGGCGCAAGUUUAAAUGAUCGUAUGUGGAUUCGUGAAGCAGUCCUUUUAAGAAAGAUUGAAGAUGUUAUUGAUACUGUCAAUCGACUUUGGCCUGAACUUUUUGAUAAAAAUCCUUUUAUUUAUUUUCAACUUCGUCAAUUACAAAUGUUGGAGUUUAUUCGAAACAAGCGUUUAGAAGAGGCGCUUAUCUUUGCACAAUCUUAUUUAGCUGAUCCAGUAGCAAAACGUUUAUCAGAACAUCCAGAAUUAUUGAAUGAAAUGCAAAAUACAAUGGCGCUAUUAGCAUUCGAUAAUCCUGCUGAAAGUAUUUAUGGUAAAUUACUUAGUCCACAACAUGCUGAAGUAGUUGCUGGUGCUUUAAAUCGAGCCAUUCUACGACAUAUUGAAUUAUCAGGUGAUGAAAUGAUUACAUCAGAAGAUGGUAAAGGUUGUGUAUCUACAAAUUCUAUUCAUUAUUCUGGUGUAUCAUCUACUGUACCACGUUUAACAAAAAUGAUGGCAAUGUUAUUACAUUUUCGUGAUUUAGCCCAACUUGAAUUGCCACCAGAGUUAGCAUCAUUAUAA